AUGGCCGAAAGAACAAGCCGGGAAACUCUCGAGUAUAUUUGUGACGCGGUUAUUCAUUUGUACAAGCGGGAGUAUUUGCGCAAACCGACAUCCCACGACGUCGCCUUGCUGUACAAUGCGCAUGAGGCGCGACACCAUUUGCCCGGUAUGCUCGGUAGCCUUGAUUGUACGCAUGUUGUAUGGAGGAAUUGUCCUAGGGGCUUGAAAGGGCAAUACACGCGAGGGGAUCACAAAGUGCCGACUAUCAUGAUUGAAGCUGUUGCGUCACAAGAUUUAUGGAUUUGGCAUUCGUUUUUUGGUCCUCCCGGAUCAAACAACAACAUUAGUGUGUUGAAUCGGUCGCCAUUGUAUGAUACUACUAGAAAUGGAACGACUCCGUACACGUCAUUCACUUUACGCGGCCGCUUGUACAGACGUGGGUAUUUGCUUACUGAUGGAAUAUAUCCUAAGUAG